AUGAAAACAAAUAUGACAAAUCAGAAGACACUGUUGGUACUGUUGUUUAUAUUAGCCUCCUGGAUCAUUUUUACAGUUUUCAAAAACUGCACACAGUUUUGGACUGCACUCAUGUUGCCCGUUUCCCUCCAUUACUGGAAUUUCAAGAAGUCCUCAUGCCCUGAAGCCCCAUUGUGUCCAGUGGUUUCACCAGUAAAGACUGACCUGAGGAUAAAGGAAAUCAUGAAGAAAUUAGAUCAGCUGAUCCCACCCAGACCUUUCCCCCACAUGAACACCACCACCAGCGCAGCACACAGCAGAGUCACUGUGCUCAAUCCUCGAGACACCUACUGCACAGGGGAGCAGCUAGACCUCUUGUUGGAGGUGAGGGACCACAUGGGACGCAGAAAGGAGUAUGGUGGGGAUUUCCUGAGGGCCAGGAUGUCUUCCCCAGCCCUGAAGGCAGGCGCUUCAGGAGAGGUGACCGACUACAACAACGGCACCUACCUUGUCCGCUUCACUCUGUUCUGGGAAGGCCAGAUGUCUCUGUCCCUGCUGCUCAUCCACCCCAGUGAAGGAGUGUCCGCUCUCUGGCGGGCAAGGAACCAAGGCUACGACAGGGUGAUCUUCACUGGCCAAUUUUCCACAGGCACCUACCAUGUCAAUACCAAUUGUGCCCUGGUUUUAAACUCAAGUGCUAAACUGUGCCAGUACCUAGAUGCUCAAGACCAAGAAACCUUCUACUGCGUGAAACCUCAACAAAUGCCCUGUGCUGCACUCACCCACAUGCACUCCAAGAACAAGGAAGUUUCUUAUCUCAGCAAACAAGAAAGGAGCCUCUUUCAAAGAUCAAAUGUGGGUGUAGAGAUUAUGGAAAGCUUCAAAGCCAUUCAUGUCUCCAAAUGCAACAUACAAGCAGUUCCAAGGAAAAAGAAAUGCAAACCUGGGAUGACAUCCACAGUCCCCAGCGGGCAUGUCUGGAAAGACACCUGGAAUCCUGUCUCCUGUAGUUUGACUCCCACCGAAAUGAAAGAAUGCCUGAGAGGAAAACUCAUAUAUCUCAUAGGUGAUUCCGCAAUCCACCAGUGGAUGGAAUACUUCAAAGAGAAUAUCAACACACUGAAGUCAGUGGAUCUACAUGAAUCUGGAAAACUUCAACAUCAACUUGCUGUGGACUUGGAUAGGAAUAUCAACAUCCGGUGGCAAAGACACGGUUACGCCUUGAUUGGAUCAUUGAACUAUUCAGUCAAAAGGACUGAGUACUUUUCCCAGGUCAUUGACAGAAUUGAAGGAGGAAAAAAUACUGUCAUUGUUAUUUCUCUGGGCCAGCAUUUUAGACCCUUUCCCACUGAUGUUUUCAUCCGAAGGGCCCUCAUUGUCCACAAAGCUGUUCAGCGUCUUCUUCUGAGAAGCCCAGACACUAUGGUUAUCAUCAAGGCAGAAAACACCAGGGAGAUGUACAGUGAUCCAGGGAGAUUCAGUGACUUUCAUGGCUACAUUCAGUAUCUUGCCAUGAAGGACAUUUUCCAGGCUAUUAAUAUGGGUGUCAUUGAUGCCUGGGAUAUGACCAUUGCAUAUGGCACACUUGAGGUCCACCCACCUCAAUCUGUGGUCAGAAAUCAGAUUAAUAUAUUGUUAAACUAUAUUUGCUAA